UGUGAUUGGCCGACAGGGGCCAUGUUUGCAUUUCCAGCUGUCUAGAUGCUGGCUAGCUAACCGGUUAGCUGUCUGUGGUACAUUUGCCUCUUUAUACGGGGGUAAUAAAAUAACAAAAGGCCCAUCCACCCCCGUUAAAACCGGCUUAUUCGGAAGUCACAAUGCCGGUUCACUCCCGGGAGAAGAAAGAAAGUAACCACGAAGAAAUGGAGGUGGACUUUCCCGAGCAAGACGGGAGCAGCACAGACGAGGAGGACACUGUUAGCUCCUCGGUGUCUGAAGAUGGAGACAGCUCGGAGAUGGAUGAUGAGGACUGUGAGAGGAGGAGGAUUGAGUGCCUGGAUGAGAUGACAACCCUGGAGAAACAGUUUACUGACCUGAAGGAGCAGUUGUACAAGGAGCGCCUGAGCCAGGUGGACAUCAAGCUGCAGGAGGUGAUGGCUGGCUGUGCACAAGAGUACCUGGAGCCUUUAGCCAACCUGCAGGAGAACAUGCAGAUCAGAACCAAAGUUGCUGGGAUCUACAGGGAGCUGUGCUUGGAUUCAGUGAAGAACAAGUACGAGUGUGAGAUCCAGGCGGCAUGCCAACACUGGGAGAGUGAGAAGCUGCUGCUGUUUGACACUGUGCAGAGCGAACUGGAGGAGAAGAUACGGAGACUGGAGGAGGACAGACACAGCAUUGACAUCACCUCAGAGUUAUGGAAUGAUGGAUUGCACUCGCGGAAAAACAAGAAAAAGGACCCGUUCUGCCCUGUCAAGAAGAAGAAGCCCGUGGUUGUUUCUGGGCCGUAUAUCGUCUACAUGCUGCAGGACCUUGAUAUCCUGGAAGACUGGACGGCGAUUAGAAAGGCGAUGGCAUCACUGGGGCCACACAGGGUGAAGGUGGACGUCCCUCCAGUCCCUCCAGUCCCUGCAGUGAAGCCGGACAGACAUCACCACGUGGCACGCUUCGAGGACGGGCGACUUUUCUACGACAACCAGUGGUACUGCAGGGGACAGGCCAUCUGCAUCAACAGGAAGGACGAGUACCCGGCUAGUGCCAUCAUCACCACCAUCAACAACGACGAGGUAUGGUUCAAACGACUGGACGGCACCAAGUCAAAGCUCUACAUCUCCCAGCUGCAGAAAGGCAAAUACACCAUCAAGCACUCGUAAAAAAAACACGCAUACAGACCAGAACCAUCAUCUCUGCUGUUUAUAUUCAUCUCCUCUUUAGUAUAUUUGUACAUUCUUGCCAUAUGUACAGUCACACAUUAACCCAUGUGUAUUCGGGUAACAAAAGAAUAUCUGCUCUGUAAAUAUGUAUGUAUGUGGAUAUUCUCAACAAGGUCACAAAGUGUCAUUUUCUCUGGAACGGAGAUCAAUGCAAAGUGCUGCUAAAAAAACCCCCACAAAGGUCAAGGAAUCGGAGCGGUAACGAACUUUGGUUGCGGAACGUGCCUUUCUGAGCAGACGAUGCCUGUCCCGAACUAUCAAUAUCGAUGCAGUGAAGCCUUACUCUGUACUGUGUAAGCACCAAGAAAACUGAAGCGGGUCAAUGUCCGAGGUAAUACCCCCCUCCCCUCGAUCCAGGUAAGGAUGCCGUCAGAGGUGUGUUUGAUUUACCUCUCCGGACGUGCCGGUUAGACUUGAAUAUCUCGAUAGAGCCGAAUUUACCCGUAUCAGGAUCCCCGGAUGUUUAAAAAAAGUUGCACAAGUGUUAAUAUUGUGAUGGAAAAUAAUCAAUCAAUUUUGAGUAAAGAUUUUAUUGUGAACGUAAUGAGAAUUCUUCAAGAACCCCACGCGGGUAUUGUUGAUGCUACUUUAGGGAGUUGCUGUUCUAAAUGACCUUUUGAUGUUUUUAGUGUCAUUUUCACAGCAUUAUGAAGUUUUAAGUUCAAACCAAGGCCAAUUCAAUGCACUUAAAAAACCUUAAAGAAAACAAUCUGUAUUUUAAAAAUACAGUAAUGAAAGGUGCCCUGUAUAUAGAGAUGACUGUGUAUCUCGUCUUUACGUCACUGUGAUUCUUCCCUCUGUCUAUUAUCAUGUUUUCAUGCUUCUCAUAGUGCCCCCUGUUAAACAAACAUUGAUGAGGAUUAAAUGGGAUAGUUUUUCAAGUAGGUUUGUAUAACGUACUCGUCCAAAAAGCCAAAACUUUCAAGAAAGUACAAGGGGCAGCAGCUAAAACGUAUGUUAUCCACCUAAAAUAAUCUCAAAAAAUGUAUAUACAGCUCUGGAAAAAUACCUAUAAAACACUAAGGUCACACAACAUCACGAACAGACUAGCCGUGAUAAAGCAGCAACUUCCUGUUUUUAUUAUUGGAGUGUGGAGGCUUUGAAAAAACCAACCAGUGGCUUUCGAAAUGGCUGUGUGACAGCAAGGUAAGGUGCAAAUAUUCUUAAAAUACACUAAUGAUAUUGAUUGUUUUACAUAGGCCUUUAUUUUAAGUGGCUAAAAUACAUUUUCCCUGUCCACUUUAGUACAAUAUUUAGAUUCUGUGCCGGUAUACUUGUCUUGCUGGGCUCUUCCGAUCGCCAUCUGUAGUAGGUAAUACACUAACUUUAUAAAAGUACCUCAUACUGCUUAAACAAUCCAAACUAUCCCUUUAAGUUGCUGCACACCACCAGUUUGAACUGACUCUUAUUCUGUGCUGGUGGGCUCGUAUUCGCCUAACAUUUCUAAUUCAUAGUGCCAUUUUUCAGGGUAUUUUUUAUCUUUAUUCAACUCUUAACUAGAAGGAUGGGAGAAGUCCUGCAGUGUAAAUGUUUCACUGGAAAGAUCCAAGUAUCUCCCAUUCUCCGUCUUUUCCUCUCGUUUGUGGCGCUUCUUUUUACCUUUAUUAUUAUGUCUUCUUUCUAGCUGACAGUAAAACUUGAUUCUUAACAUUGAUGUAUUUUCAGAUAAGUGGGAUAUCAAGGAUAAGGGAUUUUAUUUGUGUAAAAUCCGUCCAACCGUAUGUGUACAUUUUGCUGGAUUCAAUCAAUGGAAUCUUUCUCUGUGUUGUGCGGUGCUUUAUAUUUUCAGCAGUGCAUUGCAAGUAUUACCUGCCAACAGUGUUGUAAAGACAGGUGCUGGGAACAUUAUAUCAUGAACAUGAACAAAGUGUCUGUGAAGCCUGGUAAGGCAUCAACUCAGUAGGACUGUUGAUAGGUUGUUUCUGCCUGUUUUUACCUUUUUAUGCAUUAUUGUUCCUUUUUACCAUUUGAGGUAAACAGAAAAAAAUGUGACUUUGUGCCAACGCAUGUACAGCUGAUUAAAGAUUUUUGUUUGUUUCAUUUA